AUGCCCGGGAUACUUUUACGUAAUAGGCUGCGCUCACUGGAAUCCGCCGCCGAGGAAGAAGGCGAUUUCCUCCUUGCCCUUCAGCAUCAACGCGCUGCUGAGAGCUUCAGGCUUCAGCUCUGGGCCCAGAGGGGGUCGAUCGAAGCUUUGGUCAGACACCGGUUUAAUCUGCAAAGGAAUGAUACCUGCACUAUUAUUCCACACGAAUUAUGGAUACAAGGUGGUUUCAACCUUUGCGUCCUCGUCGACAUCGAAUCCCGUGGCUUAUCAAGGCGGCUCGUUUUCCGCUGUCCUCUGCCUCAUAAGCUCGCUGAGAAGCAGUACCCCGGCACAAUUGAUGAGAAAAUCGCAUGCGAGGUAGCUGCGUAUGCAUGGAUACAGGAACACUGCCCCGAAAUCCGGAUCCCACAUCUCUACGCUUUUGGUUUUCUAAACGGCAGCCAGUUCACACACGUUAAUCAGAGGCCGUGGCAUGUCCGUAUCUACCAUACCUUCCGGCGGUGGAUAAAUCGUCUGUUUAACUAUCCUCUCCUUUCCGCAUAUACACACGACGCAUCUGCCUCAGCUAUAGGUUCCGCGUACAUGUUACUCGAGUACAUUGGGCCCGAGACCGGGCAAAUGCUUUCAGCGACCUGGGCUCAGCACAUGAACGAUCAUAACCGGCGGUCCCGCUUAUUUCAGGGCAUGGCGCGUAUCAUGCUCUCUCUGGCCCGCCUCCCGCAAUCGCAUAUCGGUUCCCUCAGAUUCAACCCGAGCGAUGGUACAGUUACACUCACGAAUCGGCCACUCACGUGCACCACAAUGAUCUUUGAGAAUAGCGGGACGCCCCGGACGAUCCAGCCUGGCCAACUCUACCAGAGCACUGAUAGCUUCGUCUCGGAUAUGCUCACGCUGCACGACAACUACUUCUUUCACUACGCCCACGCCGUCCGGGAUGAGGACGAUGCCCGAGAACGCAUAACAAUCAGGACCCUUCUUCGAGCAGUUACGCACCACUUCAUCCUGCCUGAGCGGCGAAACGGUCCCUUUCUCCUACAGCUGACCGACUUCCACCAGAGUAAUAUCAUUGUGGAUGACGACUGGAAUGUUACCUGCAUGAUCGAUCUCGAGUGGAUCUGCGCGCUUCCAGUGGAGAUGCUUUCAGUUCCCUACUGGCUCACGGAUUGCGGUAUCGACGGCAUUAUCGACGACCAUUAUACGCCCUUUGACGAAGCACGGCAGGCUUUCCUGGCAGCCAUGGACGCGGAGGCCAAGAAUAUACGGCCGGGCCAUGAUAUCCCGAUCACAAGGACAAUGCAAAAUUCGUGGACCUCCAAGGCAGCGUGGUUUUGGGCUUGCAUCCGGUCACUCAAUGCCUGGCUGUUCGUGUUCGAGGACCACAUUCUUCCCAAGUACUCGGCCAACAAGGAUUUGAUAUCGGAAGUAAAGCAAAUAUCGACGCUUUGGAAGGAAGACAUCGAGACUGUCAUCAGAGUCAAAGUGGAGGAGGAGAAAGGUUACCAAGCAGAGCUUCAAUCUCUCUUUGCUAAUUGCGAUGGACUCCCUAAACCAGUCGGCAAUGAUGUUACGGGCGCGACGAUGUUGGCGUAG